GCGACAGCAGCGGACUCGACUAGCAGCAGCAGGCUUGCCUGGCUCGGGCGCAUCGUUUGACAGCACACAAACGUGCCAGGGCAGUCAGACUUCUCGGGUUCUGGUCUUUUCCUGAUAUCAGGGCAGGCAGGCCUCGGUAUCGCCAGCGCGGCUUUCUCUCGCUCGCUCGUGCUUUGCUAUCUAAAGCGUUUCUAUCUAAACUCAACAGACCUUGACCCACCCACCCACCUGCUUCACCAUGGCGCUCCAGUCCUGUAAUUGAGACCGCCGGGUCGCCAGCAGACCGCCUACUCGCCCGCACACACACACACACAAGCUUCGACCCCGUAUACCCCGCAUACCAGUACACCAUACACCAUCCCGUCGCUAGUACCAUACCACAAUCCCAUCGCGCCAGUUAUGACUCAGACUCCACCCCGCCCGAUCCUCAAGCGCUCGCAGCACUCGCACUCCGCCCCGCGCCCCGCCGUGCACUUCCCGCCCUCGCCCGUCCUCACGCGCACGUUCGCCGCGCACUCGCCCGCGUCGUACGACCGCUCGCCGAUCGUCGUCGCGCCCAACGCGUGCGCGCUCCCCGCGCGCGGGUGCCCCGGGCGCACGUACCUCCCGCUCGACGCCGAUACACCUGCUACCACCCCCGCCGCCAAGGUCGGCAAGACGAGCGGGCGGCACGUCCACCCGCGGCGGUGUAAUACGCCGCCCGCGUCCGACAACGGGGGAUCGUCGGGCGAAGGCACACGCGCCUUCCCCAGCCUCCACGCGCCGUCCCCUCCCCCUCCCCCGCCCGCGUCCCCUUCGCACCCCCGCCGCCGCGCACGCUCGCGCUCGCCGUCCCCCCCGCCGCCCCUGCCCGCGCUCGUGGCGGACCUCUCGUCCGAGUCGGACGAGUCCGACGGGUUCAUCGCGCCCCUGCUGUCCGAGCUGGACGCCGCGUCCCCGUUCUUCGCGCCGCGCCCGCGCGGCGCCUUUCUCAACGGGCCGCAGCUCGCCUUCCUCCCGCACUCGCCCGCGCGCGAGGACCCGCCCCCGCGCGAGGACCCGCCCCCGGACAAGCCGCGGAAGCCCAGGCUGCGCACGAGGCGGAGCAGAGUCGCCGUCGUCGGCGGCGAGGGCGACGGCGGGCGGUACAAGUCCCUGGCCGGGUGCUCGCUCAAGAGCUGCGAGCUCGAGGUGAAAGACGAGGGGUGUCUCGCUGGGUUCUGAGAUCUGAGCUCCGGCGGAGAUGGGAUGGGAUGGACUAUGUACAUGACGGCGUGCGCAGGUACUUUGUAGAUACGUUAGACGUGAUGACAUAGAGCCGUUGUAGGAGAUGGGGAGUCGGAGGGGUAAUGCAUUUGGCGGUGUUGUGGUAUGCUUUGAUGUUUGCCAUGUUAUGAAUCUCAUGUUUUGCUGCUGCUGCUCGUUUUGCUGUCGUUUGUUUCUGUGGUUUGUAUUACUAGUACUAAUAUAUGUCUAAUUCCGUGUCGGGUAGUCAGAGUGUUAAUGCUGCAAGCUGUUGCGUGUCAGUCAGG